CAUUUGGUAGAGUCCGAGUUGAGAGUCUGUUGGAUUCAUUUGGAUUGUCGGAAGAGGAUAUGGUAGUGAAGGGAGGGGGAAAAAACGCAGCUGGGAUUGGGAGGAAAGCAAUUUAAGCUAUUAAGCCUAUCCAAACACAGGGCAGGAAUCACUCUUUUCCUGCUGAUGCUUUCCACAGAAGAAUUUCUUUCAAGCAACACUGUUUUCUGCGGGUCUGUCUUCGGAACGGCUUUGAGAAAAGCCUGCUGCUCAUUUGAAGACACACAGUUUGGAAAGAGAAGGGAAAACAAAAUGCUUCAUUGCACUGCAGUGUUGAUUGUGUUCUUGGAAGUCAUACGCAGAAGGAAAGUAAACUGUAAAAAUUGACAAGCUCAACGGAUCUAGCCGAGCCUUUCUUUUUAGCUUGGUGUUUGCUUCAUCGUUGGAGGAAGAUUUGCCUCCACUGUAAGUGCCCCCAGGAGGAGCAUAUUGUGACAGUGAUGCCUUUGGAGAUGGAGAAGACUGUCAGCAAACUCAUGUUUGACUUCCAGAGGAAUUCUGCAUCAGACGACGACUCGGGCUGUGCCUUGGAAGAGUAUGCUUGGGUUCCACCUGGUUUAAAGCCAGAGCAGGUUCACCAGUAUUAUAGCUGUCUCCCAGAAGAGAAGGUGCCCUAUGUAAAUAGUCCCGGAGAGAAAUUAAGAAUAAAACAGCUUCUACACCAACUACCACCACAUGACAAUGAGGUUCGAUACUGUAAUUCAUUGGACGAGGAAGAAAAGAGGGAGCUGAAACUUUUCAGCAACCAAAGAAAACGAGAGAAUUUAGGCCGAGGAAAUGUCAGGCCUUUCCCUGUAACAAUGACUGGAGCCAUUUGCGAACAGUGCGGAGGCCAGAUUAAUGGAGGAGAUAUAGCUGUAUUUGCAUCCAGAGCGGGACAUGGCAUUUGCUGGCAUCCACCAUGCUUCAUGUGUACAGUCUGUAAUGAAUUGCUGGUUGACCUUAUAUACUUCUACCAAGAUGGGAAAAUCUAUUGUGGCAGACACCAUGCCGAAUGCCUGAAACCCCGAUGUGCAGCAUGCGAUGAGAUCAUUUUUGCAGAUGAGUGCACGGAGGCUGAAGGAAGACACUGGCAUAUGAAACAUUUCUGCUGCUUUGAAUGUGAAACAGUGCUGGGUGGGCAGAGGUACAUCAUGAAGGAAGGACGGCCUUACUGUUGCAACUGCUUUGAAUCCUUGUACGCUGAAUAUUGUGACACCUGCGCCCAGCACAUCGGCAUUGACCAGGGCCAGAUGACUUAUGAUGGCCAACACUGGCAUGCGACCGAAACCUGUUUCUGCUGCGCUCAUUGCAAGAAAUCUUUGCUCGGGUGCCCUUUCCUACCAAAACAAGGUCAGAUCUUCUGCUCCAGAGCCUGCAGUGCAGGAGAGGAUCCCAAUGGCUCUGACUCAUCCGAUUCAGCAUUCCAGAAUGCCAGGGCCAAAGAAUCCCGGCGCAGUGCCAAGAUUGGCAAGAACAAAGGCAAAGCAGAGGAGGCCAUGCUCAACCCAUGUGGCCAGCUGCAGGUGACAUCCAAUCGCCUCUCAGCUGAUGUGGAUCCACUGUCACUGCAGAUGGAUUUGCUCAGCCUGUCAAGCCAGACACCCAGCCUCAACAGGGAGCACAUAUGGAGAAGCCGAGAUGAGCUUUACCAUUACGGCAAUAAAAUGGAACAAAGUCAGUCGCAGAGCCCCUUGCAGCUCCUCAGCCAGUGUAACAUCAGAACGUCCUAUAGCCCCGGGCAGGUGGCAGGGGCUCAGCCAGAUUUAUGGGGAAAACAUUUUGGUAAUCCAAAGAGAAGCUCAUCUUUGGCUUUGAAAGGGCAUAGUGGUAGCUUCAUUAAGGAAUGCAGGGAAGAUUAUUACCCAGGAAGACUUAGAUCCCAGGACAGCUAUAGUGAUAUGUCCAAUCAGAGCUUUAAUGAGGCAAGAGGCAGUAUUAAAGUCCCAAAAUAUGAUGAAGAAGAGGGGGAAAGUGGCAUGCCGACUCAGCAGUGUCGAACCAGACACCCUAUCAAUGCACUUAAAUUCACUGAGGAUCUGACUCCUACUGAACAAACCCCCCGGGGCUCAAUGGAGUCGCUGGCCCUUUCCAAUGCAACAGGACUCUCCGCCGAUGGUGGUGCCAAACGCCAGGAGCACCUGUCCCGAUUUUCAAUGCCAGACCUGAGCAAAGACUCUGGGAUGAAUGUCUCGGAGAAAAUGAGUAACAUGGGAACUCUCAAUUCCUCCAUGCAGUUCCGAAGUGCAGAGUCUGUUCGCAGUUUACUGUCUGCGCAACAGUACCAAGACAUGGAGGGCAACCUCCACCAGCUGGCUAAUCCUAUUGGGUACCGAGACCUGCAGUCCCACGGAAGAAUGCACCAGAGCUUUGACUUUGAAGGGGGGAUGGGAGGCAGCAAGCUGCCUGGGCAGGAAGGGGUCAGGCUCCCGCCAAUGAGUGAACGUACCCGGCGACGAACUAGCAGCCGUGAUGACAGCCGCCGUUUCCGCCCUCACCGGUCCAGACGCUCCCGGCGUUCUCGUUCGGACAAUGCUCUCCAUCUGGCCAGUGAACGAGAGGCUCUCUGUCGGUUGAAAGAGAGACCUGCCCUGAGAGCCAGAGAGGACUAUGACCAAUUCAUGCACCAGAGAAGCUGCCGAGAGCCCAUGGAGCCGGGGCCACGAAGAGAGCUUUACAGCCAGUGCCCACGGACUGUGUCGGACCUGGCUUUGCAGAAUGCCUUUGGGGAGAGAUGGGGGCCUUAUUUUGCUGAGUAUGACUGGUGCUCCACCUGUUCUUCCUCUUCUGAAUCUGACAACGAGGGUUAUUUCCUAGGAGAACCCAUCCCGCAGCCAGCCCGCCUGCGCUAUGUCACCAGCGAGGAGCUGCUGCACAAAUACGGCUCGUAUGGUGUCCCCAAGUCUUCUACGUUAGGGGGCAGAGGACAGCUACACAGCAGGAAAAGACAAAAGAGCAAAAAUUGCAUCAUAUCCUAAUCACUUGGGGCAGGUGUGUACUGGGAAUGUACAUUCAUAAACUUGCACUGUUUUUGAUUUUAGAGUGCUUUUUUUAAACAAAAAGCCUUGAUGAUUGAGAUGGAGGCAAGUUUGCAGAUUGGCUUCUAUAUGUAGUCAUACUUCUUGGCAUGGUGGGUUUUUUUUUGUUUUUGUUUGUUUGUUUGCACAUUUCACUUUGGAAACACUUUAAACCAUGAUAUUACUUAGAUUGUUCUGAUCCUUCCACCUCCUUCCACCAGCUCAGUGUUUAGUUACCACUCUCUUCCACUAUAACUGUUUGCUGCUCACUUAUACACUCUUCUAUUCUCUCAUUUUCAUAUACUCCUUUUCAGUAAGUACUUUAUUAAGACAGUAUCCAAGACUAAGUUAUUUGCAUAUUCAUUGUAAAUGCAAUGUAAAUGAGAGUUCUGAUCAAAUAUUUUUGUAUUUUGUAAUAUCAGAGGCAUUUCUAUAUCUUAGAAAUCAGUGGGAAAUUGCAUGCACAUCCAACAUUGUCUUCAAGUAGAAUUAAAAGGUGGUUCUUCACCAUAACAUUUAAAUUCUACAUCAAACCUAUUAUAUAUCGAGACAGUUUUCAAAAGACUACAGUUUAGCUUUUUUGAGGCUGGAAAAUUAUAUA